CAAAAUCCUGAUGCUUCGGUAUGUUCUGUUCUCGAGGCACGUUUCACACACCUCGAACUGCGCCAAGCAGCAUAGCAUAAUGACCAUUCGCACGAGGGAUGUGAGCACGUGUCAUUAAUGGGGUUCAAUGCGCCUAGGCUUCGUGUUAUCCAAGUGCACUUGUUGAUAUGGUGUCCCGUGACACAUAGUCCGGCGCUAAUCAGCGAGCGGCACGACCAGGAUCGAAACCACAUGAAGACGCCCAUCAUUAUACGACCUUCCAGCAAACAUGCCGGGUGGUUACAGCGAUUCAGCCGCAGGUGUUUCUUGGCUCUCCUUUAUGUGUGGAGUGUAAGACGAUGACCCAGCGAAAGAGGCAUGAACAAAAUGAUCUGACUACAAUCGGCGGUAAGCGUCUCGUGUGAACGAUAAUACUGACUAACAUAUGGCGGCAGCAGGCACGGUUGCAGUUUAUGCAAUGAAAUCGUUGUACUCUUGAAUUCGCCCAACAUAUCCAUAACAAAUCAACCUGGCUGUCAAGCUGCUUCAGAGCAAAACUCCUGAGCUCCACCGUUCAUGCGAGCUAUAACGCAGGUGCAUUACGAGUAUCAACGACGCCCAAUGACCGAGUCUUCUCGAGCUCGAUGAUAGAAUAUCCUGCGCCCGUUGGGGAAGGUCUGAAGAUACACCGAGUACUAAGUGAAUGGCAGGACUGACAGGGUGCAGGCAGACCAGUGCACUUUGUUG